UCUGUUGUGUUGUAGACACUGAUAGCCUGCUGUAUCCUCUAGCCACAAUAGAGCAGUUUGUUCAUGAGCUCACACCUCAUGUUUACCGCAUGCAAGAAAGUGACCUGACCUUUAGAUUAGAAAAUGGAGUGGCCAUCUGGGGACCUCUUUGGAAACAUGAGAAGCCAUUGAUAACUCUAUUCACCAGUGAAGUGAUUACAAAAGAUGCAGAGCCUGACAUCGAUUCUCCCUCAGUUGUUGAAUCAGAUCCAGAAUUUUCAGCUGCUACCUUUUUUGAUGUUGCUGUUUUGAAGUGUUUGUCAUCAACAGGUUGGGAUGAGAAUGGUGUUGUGUGGGCACUGCGUUACCUAGCUGCCUAUCUUAAGAAGGAGUUUAACCUUCCUGAUCAAGAAAAAGGCGGAGAGCCUUCAGGGGAAAUCCAAGUUGAUAUUCCUGUCGAUGGGUCAUCAUUUGGAAGUGACAAUCCAGACACCAAGCCUAAAGAUAGCUCAAUACGGGGUGAUACACCAGGAAGAGAAAUGACAAAAUCAGAUGGAGAAGAGUUGGAUAAAAUCACUGGGAGUGACGCACCAAAUCUAGAAUCUGGGAUUUCCAAUGACCCAGAGAAACUCUCAGUGUGUGCGUGUCAAGUGGAAAGCGAUGUCAAAGUCAGCAUUGUUAUGAGAGAGAAUCAGGAAUCUGCUGUUUCUAAAGGUUUUGAAAAUUUGCAACUUGCUCUUCCUCAAAGUACAGCAAUGGAUGGGGAAGAACAAAGCCUGCCAUCACCAUCUAAUGACCAAGGGAAUACAUGUAUCUCUGGUGGUCUUGAUGGAGAAAGACUGACUGCCCCAGGACUUGAGCGCACAGGCUCAAUAAAGUUUAGAAUAAGGGUGCAAUCUUCCCCAGGGUUUUCAGCAGGGGGAAGAGUAUUGACAGCUGUAGCCUCACCAAGUAGAAGUGCUUCCCAGCAUGAGCUCAAGAACACAACUGAUGAUAAUUUCCAAGACAUUGCUGACAACAGAACAUUUCAAAGUCCCAAAGUUUACAUUAAACCAUCCAAUACUCUUUGUUUACCUUCAGUGAGUACAGAGGAUGCAAAUUCAUGUAGGCAAGACAGCGGAGGUCCAUUGCAUCUUGAAGCUCAAGCAGACGAAACUACCAGCAAUGAAGUUUCAACAAUCAGGUUUCCUUCUGAAACCCCACUGGAGGUUCACCCAGUAAAGUCAUUGGACACUGCCAUUUUAAGCCCUAAUGAAAGUGCUUUAACUGCGCCACACUGUAAUGAGCAAGCUUUCUCAGGCCCUGGUCAGAUGCAUCUAGUAAGUAGUCAAGAAUUAAACAUUUCCUCUGAAGUUUUUGAAAGCAAAGUUUCAUAUGAAUGCGAAGUCCAAGAUUCCCGAACAGUUGCAUUCCAAACAGAAGGUGGGACAACAAAUGAUCAGUUGAAGGAUGCAUCACUUUACAAACGUCUUUCAGAACAUGCAAGCUCAAGUCAUGCAAGCAGCAGCUCAGUAGAAAGUGAAAGCCAGCCAUUAUUAAAACCUUCACCACUUGCCACAGCACAUGUAAAACCCUUAACUAUUCAGGGUUCUCUUGAUACUCCACGAAGCAGCAUCAACCGAGACUCAUUCACAAGAACAGACAGGUAUUUUGUCUUUCCAGGUGCAGCUGACUACAUCACUGCUGAUGGUAGACUGAGUUCUCUGGUGAUUCUGCAGGCCCUCAAUAGCAUCAUUCGGGAGAACCCUUCAUCCCUUGUCUGUGAUGCUGCCAUCACUGUUCUGCAGCAAUUAGUAACAGUUAAUGAGAUCAAGAAAUCAAAGAAAAGGGGGAGUUCUAUGGAGAUUGACGAUAGGACUGUUGCCGAGACACAGGCAGUGGGCUUCAGGAGCCCUCACAGUGACAAUGUCCUGGGUAGACUGAGAGCCAGCUUUUAUGGAAAACCCCCAAGCUUCCUCAGCCUAGCAAUGGGUUGUUUGUUCAGUCUUGUCAAAGCCCUGGGAUGCCCUUUAGGAUGUGGAGAAGGCUGUCGUGGGAUCUCAGGAGAUCGACUCCGAAAUCUAGCUAAUAGCCUGCUCUCCCAGCUUUUCCGCAGUGAUGAAGCUGCCUUCAAAAUGUGGCUCCAACAAUUUGCCAGAUUAGAACCCCAUGAAGACCUGGUGGAUUUCCUUCAUGCCUUGGUUGGCUUUUGUGAGGAAGAGCAAGAGCAGUCAGAUGAUGAGAUGGAAGCAGUACCAAAGUCAGGAACAAGAACCAGGAAGAAGAGCCUUUUUACCUUGCCAGAAGGUGUAAAUGGUGUCAUUAUUGGUGGUGUUUUUAAGAUAUUAAUCAGUAGAGUGGCAGAGAUGAAUUUCUUUGACCUAAAAAACUUGACUUUUUAUGGUGAGUUGCGUCAACUUCUAAGGUAUGUGAAAGAGUCAUACGGCAGUAUUUUCUGGAAGGUUGCCUUGAGUGGACUUAUGGACUCAGCAUACAAAGAAACAAAGGACCAAGCAGAUGUCAGCAAAACCCCUGAGCAAGAAUCAAUAGCUAAAGGUGCAUGGACAGUUGUCCAGAAAAGAGUCACAGCAAGGGCAAAAGUUGAGAGGACUGCAACUUAUAAAGCCAAGCGCAUGUUUCUACAGAAGUUUGCACGGGUUACAGCAGAGAGUUCUGAGAGUAGCAGCAGCUUGUCACAAACUCCAAAGUCACCGACUGGUGCCAAUUCUAACUCCGUGGAGACAGUAUUGUCUCCAAGAAGCAAGAGAAAGAUAUUCACACUUGGUACAUGGAGAAAGCAAAAAGCUGUGGGCACACCUUAUGAUAGUGAUGAAGACUUGUUGGAUUCUUCUGAAGCUCCAUCUGAGCAUCCGCCAUCAACCACAAGGCGCAAGCUUCUCAAGUCUAAGGCUUCAAGUAGGAAGAAGCUAGACGACAUCUUCCCGAUGGCCAAGAAAGGGGAAGGGUUGCUAAGCUCCUUCAAUGAGCCCUCACUGCCUAUUGACAUUGUUGUGCAUGAAUUUGAAACUAAACCAGUUGACAUAGAUGCCCUCAGAGCCGGCAUGGUCAGGUUUAGGUUUCUCCUUCAUGGAAGUCAACCUGGCUCUGUGCCAGAUCCUAAGAUCUUAGCAUCCAUGCUGGACUUGGAAGCACCAGCUGUAGCCAGAGCAUGUCUUCUGCUUGAGUGCUGCAUACUUGUUCACAAAUGCAACCAAGGGGAAUGGCCGCAGUGGUUGCGAGGCAGUCUCCCUUCACUGGCCCAUCGUCGAGGUGGCCACUCUCCAACUACUGGUUCACCAUUCAUGUUUGCUCAGCGCCGCAACCUUGUGGCCAUGCAUGAUGCUGGUGUCUUGUUUCGUGCUUGGGGUGUAGCAUUGGGAAAGAAACUGGAGCAGGUCUUGGCAAAAAAGAGGAGAACGAUGCUGCCAUCCAUUGAAGAAGAAGGUGGAAAACCGAUCAUAAGAGAUGAAGAGGAUGUAGAGGAAGAUUUCCUUGAUGAAGCAACCUUGAAUGAGUCUGUGAAGGUCUGUCCCUAUCCAAUUUUAAUGAUUGCCUGCCAACUUCUACUGGAGAUAACAGCCUUCUUACGUGAAAGCCAUGGUCUGUACUCUGUCAGCAAGCCUGUCUCCAGACCCUUGCAUCGUUUUGUUGCAGGCAGAAAACGACCAAGUGUGAGCAGUCACAGACGAUCCACUGCAUUUUCCCCUGAAGUGCAGCAGCGUCGUUUAAGUGGUAUAAUUGGCAGUGGUCGUAGACCUAGCGUGUGGAGUCAAUCCUCUCUGCAAACUGAUUUUCCUUCUAGUCCCAGUAGAACCUUACAGGAACCACCAAUGAUAACUGUCUCUGGAACUGAUCCUAGCAAACCUGAGACAGAUCAUGAUGGAAAGAAAGAACGACGGGAUAGUGCUGAACGAGCAAGAAAUCGUCAGAGUCUGUAUUUUCCAAGAGUCAGUACUCAGCACUCACCCAAAACAGCAAAACGGGUUGCCAAACGCAGUGCUAUAGGUGGGGAAGGGGAGUCAGUGAGAUUUAGAUCAAAAUCUACCAGGUGUGAUGCCAAACAUCUCAGUGUGGAUGCAUUGAUGCUUGAUGAAGACGAUGAGUCAGAUGAUGAGGAUCCAAGUCUUAACCUACCCUGGCUGAGUUCAGUUAUCCAGUUAAACAGCCAAACUGCAUUCCUGUGCGAUCAUCAGGGGCCCUGCCCAAUCAACUGCCAUCAGCGUCAAAGCCGCAGCUGCACUCGGAUGGUGAGAGCGUUGAAGACAGUUUACAGUUCCUCGAACAAGCAAGAUAAGACUUCUGACAAGCAGACAGGUAGAGGGCGUGGCAGUCCUCUGAUCAGUGCACCACAAGUGGGCACUGUGGAGCAAACAUCUAAGAAGGACAAAGCCGAUGUAGAUAUGAUACAGUAUAUAUCAUCAAGUAUUGCAAGUUUAACUCACUGUCCAUUCUCAGUCAUUGCAAAGGCUGGAACAGUCAUUGACACUAGUCACCUGAUGGAGACCCUUCCUGUGGUUUGGGAACUGCUGCUGGACGAAGAUCAACAGCUGGUGUCAUCUGCAGCUGCAGUCUUUCUUCUCACUGGCAUUCGUCUGAGAGACACAGUAGAGCAAAUGUUACACAAAGAACUUAUCUGCUCCGAUGCCAAUGAAAGAGUCAAGUCCCUCCAAAGAUUUGAGGUUCUUUGGCAAUCCAGGUAUCAUGCUUGGCCAAGACUUGAAGAGGGAGCAAGAGUGAUUUUAAAGGUACCACCACCAAAAAUUGACUUCACCCUCCCCUCGCCUACUGUGUGUUUGCCGUUAGGCCACCCCCCUGAUUGCCCUUGGGAUGCUCGUCUCAUCUUGGAAGAACAGCAAGAUAAAAAGAAGCAGGACAAGAAGAAGAUCCCCAACAGUGGAGCUGAAUUGAAAAAACAGCAGGAGAGAUCUGAAUUUCUAUUGCGAGCUGUUCCAGUGUCAAUGGAAGCAACAGUUGAUGUUAAUGUUGCAGAGGACGAGAAAGAAAAGUAUGCCCGCAUGGAUGUUUGGCAUUAUCAUUUGGAAAGUACGGAAAACUCGGAAGAUCUGCAAGGAGGAGGCGGAGGUGAAAGUCAACAAGUAGAAGCGGAGUUAUGGCCACAAGCAGUGUCAUCCGCAAUUCCUGACAUCAUUAAAAUGAUGGAUGAUGUCCUUGUUGAUAGUGACAAAAUUGCUGUGAUGGAAGUCGCCCGUCGUCUGGUGUGGAGGUGUCUAGUUGAUGACCCAGUUCUUUUCUUUAGGACUAUUUUAGAGCAGUUGACAAAGAAGGACAAGCAGGAGGAACACAUCUCGUUAUUAAGGAAACUGCUUCUCUACAUCACAGAACUACCGCAGACGUCUUCAAGAUUUCUCAUCAACAAUCUGAUCGGUGUGGCUAUGUAUUAUGCCAGAACUAACAAGCCUGGUUCCCAGGACUCGCUCGCUUUGGUGUUGUCCCUUUUGUGGCAGGCAGUGCCCAGUGUACGUGGAUUUUUCUUUAAGGAUCUCAAGCAGUGUCUGCGAAAGGAACACUGUGAUAAUGCCCUGCGUAUCAGCUCAAACGUUCCUGGCGCAAAGAAACUUUGCGUUAUACUUCCCGAUCAAGACAACAAUGAAGACGACGACAAAGAUCCAGAGAAAACCAAAGAGACAGUGCCCGUACAUGAUGAAAUGACAUUUGGUAAAGUACUGGAGGCAUUCAAGUCUCGAUUCCCGGGCAUUGAUGGAGGAAAAGAAUUAUAUCUUACUGAUAAAAAAGCAGAUCAGAUACUCGAGGAACGAGACCACGUGCGUGACGUGUACACGCACCGUAAGGGCUUCCCCAGUCCCCUGUUGGUGUUGGAGUUUUUGGACCAGGAGUUUGCGUUCAACAAGAGACAAGCACAGGCAUUUACAACCAAGAUAGCAGAAAUUGGUCGAGUUCUUCUGACGUCAUCAAUGUUGAACGCCUUACCCAAUCAGAAACACAUCUCAUUCCUGCACGGAGAGUUCAGCCGUCAGAUCUCUUUUCCCCGCAAAGCUCUUGACUGUGAUUUUUCUUUGUAUGCGGGCGGCACCAAGGGCGCUGAACUUGCAGCUCUUGAUGUCAUUCAUAAAAGUGUCUGGGUUACGCUGAUUACGUCACUCUUCCAGUGCAUGUCAACGGAUUUCCCAUGGAGCUCUGCGGACCUGAAUCUCUUCCUAAACGUCAUUAACGGCGCCAUUUUACUUCACUGCGAAGACGGCGCCAUGUUACGGAUUUGCUUGGCUGCCUUUAUAAACAUUGCCGUUCAUUUCAGCCACAUAUUUGCUAGCGAUGGCUAUCAACACAUCUUUCCUUCUCUGCUUCAAGUCUAUUCACAUCACCAAUCAAACGAAAUGGUCACUACAGCUAUUGAGUUUGCAAUGAAACAGUUCUAUGUCUUACAUCAAAAGCCUUGUCUACUCCAGCUCUUCGCCAGCGUAGCACCGAUACUCCUCUUAGAGACAAGAUCUGAUCGAAACGAAGAGGAAUCUGAAGUCGACGACAUCUCCGGCAAGAUCCCUCCCAAGUGUCUGUUUACUCUGCUGACGUCAUUAGACAAGCCUUCACCUGACAGCCUGGAAGUGUUGGACCUGGUGCAAGCCGAGAAGCCAUUGAAACCUACAGACUCGUGUUACGAAUCUUCUACCGACCCUCCCGGUGUUAGUCAAAUCGACACUGCUGUUCGCCUGUGCGUCACUGUCGUGAACUUUGCGCCUGAAUCGAAAAGAGCAGUGCAGAUGGUGGUAGUGCUGUCAGCCAUCUUACCUCACUACUUGGAGUACCUAAGAACAGACAGCAGUUCACUUGAUUAUGAAGAGAAGCUCAAGGGCGAGCUGACGGGCCUGUCCUCUCUUGUCACCUCUAUUAAUGUCCUGAUUAAGAGUUCAGAGGUCCUUACCAGGUCGUUUGUUCACUUUCAAAGCUACAAGUCCUUUACGGACAAGGGGAGUGGUAUAUUUCCUGAUCUGGCUUCCACUACGUCACUCAUGUUCGGCCGAGGAAGCAUUAGCAGUAAUGAAGCGCCAAGUGCUGCAGACGAAGGGGAGCUGGGGAGGCGUCCAUUUCUGGAGAGACUGCGGGCUCAGGAGGAGAAAGAUGAGGUCAUGCAGGCAUUAGAGGAGUACCGCAAGCCGAGAAACGCUCUCUUGAUCCUGGUGUCUGAUUUCAUUCGGAUCUGUGCUCCGCGACUGGAGGAGCUGGAGGAGGCGUCAUUACCUCCUCGAUACACUGUUCCUGAACUACUUGACCACAUCAGUGUAAACACCCUCGCCCAGAUUGUUUACUCACUGUUGAAGCUGGCAGUGUAUGAUCACGUGACCCUUUCCUGUCUCGGAGUGAAACGAUACAUGACGGACGCGCUACCACUCUUGAAGGGAUCUCCAGAAGCCUUAGAGGCCGCCAUGUUGCUUGUCCUUAAACGUGUCAAUAAAAUGUUCGAGAAACUCGUCAACAAGCCUGACCUCAUGAGAUGCAUCGACUGGAAAUCCCUAGAAGUUUAUCUGAAAGGGCUGUAUAUGACUCUUUGUAAAAGACCAUCCAUUGCCGCUCCGCCAUAUCUGAAGACCCUUGUCAGCAUCUGCAGCAGCCUUAUCCUUCAAGAGCGCGCCGCGGCCGCUGUGUCCGUCGCCGCCAACCUGCCUUUCGCGCCAAUGUUAUCUCCGCCCCAGUAUUUCGCGGACACUGUGAUCAAACUGACUUCACGUCUGAUGCAUGUAAUGAAGGAGCAGUGUUCCCUGAAAGAGUUAUGUGGAAACACUAUUAACUUCGGCGGUCCAACCAGGACGGAGAAGAUUUUUGUGCGUCUGAUCUUACCAACGUGCAUUAGGCUNUUUCGUCCUGGGUUAGGGUUAGCAGAUGCACCAAAGGCUUCCUUCGAAGAUGUUUCGUACGCUUUAAGUUGUUUCCUGGCAACAGUCACCACCAAGAACUCGUCCAACCCCGGCGCAGGCCCAGUGCGUCUGUCUUUUGCUGAUGACAACCUGGAGCUGCCUCGGUCCCUGACUUUUGCGACGCCGCACGAGGGGAAGACCUCACCUGAAGAGAUUCCAGAGAGCUUAUACUGUGCAGCCUAUCUCGGAAUCAAGGUGCUCAUGGUGUGUUUUGAAGACCGGCUUGCUACUGAGUGGUACAGGAUAUACCAGGCCAUGGAAACAGUCGUGGACGGUCACAUUGGUAACGUUGGUUUCUGGGACUUCAUGAACUUCUGUGUGUCUUACCGAACCCCUCUGUUCCUGUUGAUGGUCCCUCUUAUCAGAACGAAGGUCACCCAACUGCGUCACAACAGCAGCACUGAGCGUGCUCUAAAGCAGAGAGUCCUGGACAAGAUUUCGCGGCCGCCUUUGGUGGUUAACUGUCGUAACGCGCUUAUUACUCGUUUCUUGGAGGAACUGUCCUUCAUCAAACAGAAGCGUACUGCCGCAGGACUAGAGGAGGUGGACGAAGAGGAACAGGAGGAAGAGUGGAAGGAAGAGAAGAAGCGUUUAGUGCUACAGCCGCCUCCACUGGGCAGGGAACGCUCUUCCAGUGCACCAGAUGAACCUGCCUCUGCAAAUCCUGAGGAGGAAAAAUUGGUGCCGGCAAUGGCGCGUUCGGUCAGCUGGAAGGCGAAAAAAUCGGUCUCGUUUUCACCGGCGCCAAGCUUCGACGAAGAUCAAGGAACUAUUAGUACGUCUCUCGGCGACGUUCACGGCGGAAAAGAUAAAAGGAAAAAAUGGCUUCUACGGAAGCAGGAAACCGUCGAAGAACAUGAGGGUCACAAUGACAAGGGCCUCUUAGACGUUGAUUCAAGCGGGGACCCUUUUGCACACCAACGAGGUACCACAGUGAGGCCGGGAAAGGUGUCUGCAGGAAGAGGAGGCCGUAGGCGCUUUGAAAAAUUUCGAGCUGUGACAUCGACUGUGAUGUCGGAAAGGACAACAUCAAGCACAGCGGUUGAGGUGCAAAGUAAUGUGGAUAUUACAACCAGCGCAGUCAUUGAGAGUCAGGGGGAGAGAUUUCAAAUGGAGGUGUUCGAGACAGAGGAUACAGUGGUGGAGACUGUCAACGAUCGCCAAGACUCUCAGGCAUCACUCACGCCCCCGAUAGCAAAACCAGAGUCUGUAACAAUCUCGCUCUCACCCCACAGUUCUCCGUCUAAGCGGCUACCGGUUCAAGACACAGACGACCAGUUUCCGGAUAUCUUGGAAGCCAUAAAACCCUUGCCUCCCAUCCCACCUGUUAAAUUCAUUCCUCAAUCGGACGAGAAGCACGAUCCUGCCAACACAAGGAACGGGUCAGUUGCGACCGAGAGCAACCUGGCAGCGGAUUACGAUGUAGAGCGUGCGCAGCGGCUCAGCAGGACCCGAUGGUGGCACAAAGUGUAUUCAAAUGUUGAAAUCAUUUCCACUGACGAAGAUACCCAGCGAAUUCAGAGGGUGGAGAUAUCCGUGUCUGAUUCCUCAGAAGUACAACGCGAGACGAAUGUGUGAUCGUAAACCAAACUAGUUUUCUAAAUAUUUAUUUUUAUCAUAAAGCCGAAACUCGAGAAUUCACCGCGCUCUAAAAAGAGCAGUGAGCCAAUUGGUAACCAGAGGCGAGCGCGGGCAGUUUGCAUUUGUUGGCUGACAAAUUUGCUUUGGGCGAUAAUGGUGUUUUCCGAACCAGUUGCAGAUCUCCGCGAACUCAAAACCCUCACAAAGGCGUCAUAACUUUGUUCAGUAAGGCUGGUUUCCACGAGCGCUCAAGCAUAAGCAAAAGUAAAAUGCGCAGGCGCAGAAGAGUGCUGUUAAAGGCGCUAAUGAUCAACAUCAUACUGUUUCUGCUUAUAUCUACUUAAGCCCCGUCUACACGAGCAAUUUUCUAUAUGACAAUUUUUAUAUGACAAAUACAUUUGAUGGUGUAGAUAGCACAGCAAAUAUUUGUAAACCGUUCGAAGUUUAGAGCGCCAGUAAUGACUUUGGACAGCGGAGAUACGAAAGGCGAGGCUGAGUAGUCCCCCCCCCCCUAAUUUGUGGUGCUUUCGAACAUAUUUGCCACAUUUUGUGUGACGAGUCGUCUAUACGAGCAAUUUUUCGUAUGUGACAAAUUUUGUCGCAUAAAAGCCAACACGUUAGCUUUUCAGCAAAUGUAUUUGUCAUAUCAAAAUUGGCCAAUUUUCCUCAUCUACACGAGCAAAUAAGAAUUGUCACAUAAAAAGUUAAAAAAAAUUAUUUAAAAAUCGCUCGUGUGGACUGGACUUUAUACCUAUUCUUAUGCGGCCGCGGUAGUGUGAAUCAACCUUUUAGAGUUGAGAAAGGGCUCGUUUCGUUCAAGUCAAGUUGCUCCAAAGUCGGCAGGUUGAAUGCGGAGGGGAACAAUGCUUUUCUUGGAACUUCCAAAACGUGCUGUGUGUAGCUAAGUUUGGUUAAUGAAAAAGACAGCAUUACCAUGUACAGCGCUGGAACAACCAGACAAGCAAGUUCAAAUAAGUUAGUUAAGAUGCUGUACACGAAACCUGACGCACAGCAUUUUUCAUUGCAUCCUUAAAGAGAAACAGUUUCUUUUUACUUUCAGUAAAAAUCCGAGCGAAAAAAAGCAUUCUUUUUGAGUGCUAAUACAUGCCAUCAGAUAGAUGUA